AUGCGGGUGUCGCUCUUCCUAGCUUCCAUCGCGGGAGCUGCUACAGCUGUAGCUUCCACCAACGACGAGUGUCCCGGCUAUACAGCUACCAAUGUCAACCAGCAGGGCUCGACUCUAACGGCAGACCUCACUCUUGCGGGUGAUCACUGUGAUUCUUACGGCACAGACCUGGAGAACCUCAAGCUUCUGGUGGAGUACCAGACUGAUGACCGUCUCCAUGUCAUGAUCUACGACGCCGACGAAGAGGUCUACCAAGUCCCCGAGUCGGUCGUUCCUCGCCCCAACAGCCGCGGGGACCACGACCAGGAAACCUCGAACCUCCGCUUUGACUACGAGCCCGAGCCGUUCUCCUUCCGAGUUCUGCGCAACGAUCAAGUUCUGUUCGACACCUCGGACACGAACAUCAUCUUCCAAUCGCAGUACCUGAAUCUCCGCACCUGGCUCCCCAAGGACCCGAACCUGUAUGGACUGGGCGAGCACAUCGACACGCUGCGCAUGCCCACGAAGAACUACACGCGCACCUUGUGGAACCGCGAUGCGUACGGUGUGCCCGAGCACACGAAUCUGUACGGUGCUCACCCCGUAUAUGUGGAUCACCGAGGUGACGCGGGUGCUCACGGUGUCUUCUUCUUGAACUCCAAUGGCAUGGACAUCAAGAUCGACGUGGACGAUGAGGGCCGCCAGUAUCUCGAGUACAACACGCUGGGAGGCGUCCUGGACUUUUAUUUUAUAGCUGGCCCCAGUCCGAAGGAGGUCAGCAAGCAAUAUGCGGAGGUUGUGGGUCGGCCUGCUAUGCAGAGCUACUGGACCUUUGGUUUCCACAACUGCCGGUACGGAUACCAGGAUGUCUACGACGUCGCCGAAGCCGUCUACAACUACAGUCGUGCCCAUAUCCCUCUGGAAACCAUGUGGACGGACAUUGACUACAUGAGUGGACGAAGGGUCUUCACACUGGACGAUGAGCGGUUCCCACUGGGAAAGGUGAGGGAGCUGGUUCGCCAUCUCCACCAGAAGCACCAGCACUACAUUGUGAUGGUGGAUCCAGCUGUCAGUGACAGCGACAAUGAUGCGUUUCACCGCGGCGAGGAAGAGGGUAUCUUCCUGUAUCGCGACGACGAACUGUACCGCGGCGGCGUCUGGCCUGGCGUGACGGUCUACCCCGACUGGUUCAACCCGGACACGCAGGGCUACUGGAACAGCGAGUUCAAGGAGUUCUUCAGCAGCCACGACGGCGUCGACAUUGACGGACUAUGGAUCGACAUGAACGAAGCUGCCAACUUCUGCCCCUGGCCCUGCGAGGACCCAGAGCAGUACGCCAAGGUCAACGAUCUCCCCCCGGCCCCGCCGGCCGUACGCUCGCCUCCGCGUCCGAUCCCCGGAUUCCCUGCCGACUUCCAGCCGCCCAAGUCGCACCGACGAUCUGAUAACAAGCGUCGGAGUGAUGACGGCGGCAAGAAGGCUGGACUGCCGGGUCGUGAUCUGAUCAACCCACCCUACCAAAUUGCCAAUGCGGCUGGAUCGAUUAGCAACAAGACGAUUGAUACUGACCUUGUCCAUGCUGGGAAGGGCUAUGUUGAGUAUGAUACUCACAACCUGUACGGAACGAUGAUGAGCUCUGCCUCUCGCGAGGCCAUGCUUCACCGUCGACCUGGCAAGCGUCCCCUCGUCAUCACCCGCAGCACCUUCGCGGGCGCGGGCGCCCACGUCGGCCACUGGCUCGGUGACAACCUCAGUCAGUGGGACAAGUACCGCUCAUCGAUCGCACAAAUGCUUGCCUUUGCAUCGAUCUUCCAGGUGCCCAUGGUCGGCUCUGAUGUCUGUGGCUUCGGCGGCAACACAACGGAAGAGCUCUGCGCCCGCUGGGCCAUGCUGGGUGGCUUCUACCCCUUCUACCGGAACCACAACGAGAUCACCUCGAUUCCGCAGGAGUUCUACCGGUGGCCGAGCGUGGCCGAGGCAGCACGCAAGAUCAUCGACAUCCGCUACCGUCUCCUGGACUACCUGUACACUGCCUUCCACCGGCAAACCCUGACGGGCGAGCCCUUCCUUCAACCGCUGUUCUACGUCUACCCGGGCGACCACCAGACCUUCUCGAACGACCUGCAGUUCUUCUACGGCGACUCGAUCCUCGUCUCGCCCGUUACAGACCAAGGAAAGACCAGCGUCGACGCCUACUUCCCCGACGACCUCUUCUACGACUGGUUCACCGGUAAGAAAGUAGAUGGCCACGGAAAGGUCCAGCGCCUGGACCGGAUCAGCACGACCGACAUCCCGAUCCACAUCCGCGGGGGCAGCAUCCUGCCGCUGCGCAGCAAGAGCGCCAUGACCACGACGGAGCUCCGGCGCCGCGGCUUUGAGAUCGUCGUUGCGCCGAGUCGGGACGGCUAUGCGCACGGCGAGCUGUACCUGGACGACGGCGAGUCAUUGAAGCCGGCCAGCAGCUCGCUGGUGCUGUUUGAGUACCAUGAGGAUAAACUGACGAUCCGCGGCGAGUUUGGCUACCAGGCGAACGUGGUGAUUGAGUCGGUGACUGUGCUGGGCCAGACCGAGGGUGGUCGUCGCAAGCGGGAAACCUUUACUGGUGGCUCGUUCAAUACGACGCAGGAGAGCGUUACCAAGCAGGUGCACAUUGUGCUGGACGGGCCUGCGGUGGUGGAAUUCUAA